AUGACCUCGGACGACAGCCCGGUGACUUCCGCAAAGGAAGUCUACGGCAGAUAUGGGAAGCUUGAUGACAUGCGCACUGCUUACAACCGCACAUUUGAUGUCAAUGUCACUUCGGUCGCGUUGGCCAUGAACGUAUUCCUGCCCUUAUUACGAGAUUCUGUAUCCUCGUCGCGCGGUUCUCUAGAGCUCCUAUCCUCUGGACAACUGCCUCCGACAGUGGCCAUGGCCUACUGCGCGUCGUCCAAGACGGCGCUCAACAUGCUCACAGUCGAGUACGGGAAAGCGAGUGAAAACCACAACGUUGUUUUUCAAUCGGUCAGUCCAGGUCACUGCAAGACCGAGUUCAACAACUGCCGCGGACGCAAAGAGCCCUUCGACGGCGCAAAGGUGAUUGUGGCUUUGCUGAGUGCUGAUUCCGGGGACUUUGGGUCGGGUUUCUGGCAGAUGGAGGAGGGCGAUACAACGCCCGUGGGGGUUCCGUGGCGAUCAUACUAUGCGGAGUACAUGCAACACAUAUGA